GAUGCGACGCGUCGCGGUCGCAGAGGAAAAACUUCGGUCGAGAAUUGUGCCGCAUAUUGGGGAUACCGGUUUGGAGUCGCGUGUCGGUGGGUGGACGUGGAUAUUGGAUGUAGUGGACCUCCUUUGCGAACUCUUUUGCAUUUUACAUUUGUCCACAUAUCGUCAGCACUUUGACGACACCGCUGCAAAGGUGGCAAGGCGGCGGAAAAGUGGGUGGUGUUUUAUAUUAUUGCCUCACAAUGGCAACGCAUCGGUCGGCACUGCGUCGCAAUAAAGCCACUUCGAUGGCAUCGGCGGCGGUACUAGUUGGAUAUAUAAAAGCAUAAUUGCUGCGAGCCAGCGGCUUAAUAGCAAACAGGAAGCUGAAGUGUCAACAACUCGCCAAAAAAAUAAAUCAAAAAAUAUUAAAUUUAAAGCAGCGCGACUCGUGAAACUAUUGUAAUUCGAAUACAAAAUGAAAAUCUAGCAAAACAAUACAGUUUUGCGGAAAACAUAAACUUGUUUCGCCCAACGACAAUUGCCCCUGUUAUCUGCCAUGAAUGCCACCUCGCCAAAGUCAUCGCUGGUCAAGUUGGGUCUGCAUACCAAUAAACAAAAGACUCUGAAGGUUAUGGUCCUGGGCCAAAGUGGUGUGGGAAAAACGGCCAUGGUGGUGCGUUUUAUUACCCGACGCUUCAUUGGCGAGUAUGAUCCUAAUCUGGAGAAGAUUUACACCUGCCAAACCACGCUGGACAAGGAGCAGAUUCAGUUUGACAUUCUGGACGCCACCGGUCAGCUACAAGAACUAGAUGGAGUUAGUCUGGAGUCCAACAUCCGCUGGGCCGACGCAUUUAUACUAAUGUACUCCAUUACGGACAAGUGUUCCUUCGACGAGUGCAGUCGCCUAAAGUUCCUCAUCAAUUACAAUAAACGAAGACGCAAGUUGGGCUCGGCCAGUAAAGAAUACGCACUGGAUAUUCCUGUCAUACUGGUGGGCAAUAAGACAGAUCAGCCGGGCGAUCGAAUGGUCAGCUUGGAAGAGGGUCAGCGCCGAUUCAGGGAGUUAUCCUGCUCCUGUUUUCACGAGAUUUCCGUCAGAGAGAGCGUGGAUCAAGUGCAGAAUGUUUUUCGCGAUGUGUUUCGCUUCUGGCGAGUCUUCAGCAAAUUCCCCAAGCUCAAGCGCUCCACCAGCGAUGUGGCCAAUACGGAUGGAAUCCUCACGCCCGAUUCGGGAUCCUGUUCCUUCUACGAUGCCUCGUCUUUGGGCGUCGGUCGACAUUCCUUUCUGGUCAUCGGAAGCGCCUGUUUGGAGGAGAGCAACGGUGACCAUACGGAGUCUACGGAUGAGAUUACGAGUAGCAGUUUGAGCAGCUCACGCAGCGACAUCGAUGCUCCCUUCCGUAGUAGAGCUUCGACGGACGGCACCCUGUUGUCCCGACCACGUAGAUGGCGGUAUCCACCGCCGGGAUGCCUGCUGCCACACACGAAUCGCGUGGAGCGACGGAUGAGCAUUUCCACCAGGGGCAGUAAUGCCAGUUACUAGAGUGGAAUUUUAUGCAGGGUGGGUCGAGCUUAGUUAGUCAAAAUAUGUAGCGACAAAUAUAUAAUUAUAUAGCUAGAUGUUAUUGUCAUGG